CGGCGACGGCGGCGGCGUUAGGACUCGGGGGACACCGCCCCCCGGCCCCCGCGUCCCGCCCCCCGCCCAGCCUCGCGCCUCAGUUCGCGCCGCGCCUGGGCUCGGAGCGCAGCGGCGCCGGCUCCCGCAGACCGAGCUCAGCCAGCCCAGGGAGCCCAGCGGCGCGCACUGCCUGCAGCCGCGCCGGCGAUGCGGGGCCGCCCCGCGCCCGCCCGAGUCCCGGCCCCGGCGCCCGCGGGAAGGGGCUGAGCAGCCCGCCGCCCGGAUGGGGAACCUCGGCGCGCUCGCCCUCUGCCUGCUCCUGCUCCUGCUCCUGGGGCUGCCGCGACAGCCGCUGCCUGGCGCCCGAGCGCAGAGCACCGCAGGUGACUUUGAUGGAUAUGGAAAACUGAAAGCUGCUGGCCUAGAAAGCAAAGAUACAUCAUCGACCUUGGGGACCUGUGGCCAUUCAGGUGGCUGUUCUUUUGAUGAGCAUUACAGCAACUGUGGAUAUAGCGUGGCUCUGGGGACCAAUGGGUUUACCUGGGAGCAGAUUAACACAUGGGAGAAGCCAAUGCUGGACCCAGCUGUGCCCACAGGAUCCUUCAUGAUGGUCAACAGCUCUGGAAGGGCUUCAGGCCAGAAAGCCCAUCUUCUUCUGCCGACCCUGAAGGAGAACGACACGCACUGCAUUGACUUCCAUUACUACUUCUCCAGCCGAGAUCGCUCAAGCCCGGGAGCCUUGAAUGUCUACGUGAAGGUCAACGGUGGUCCCCAAGGCAACCCUGUCUGGAAUGUGUCUGGGGUUGUCACCGAGGGCUGGGUGAAAGCAGAACUUGCCAUCAGCACCUUCUGGCCUCAUUUCUACCAGGUGAUAUUUGAAUCCGUCUCUUUGAAGGGUCAUCCUGGUUACAUCGCUGUGGACGAGGUCCGGGUCCUUGCUCAUCCAUGCAGAAAAGCACCUCAUUUCCUGCGACUCCAAAAUGUUGAGGUGAAUGUCGGGCAGAAUGCCACUUUUCAGUGCAUUGCUGGUGGGAAGUGGUCUCAGCAUGACAAACUUUGGCUCCAGCAAUGGAAUGGCAGAGACACGGCCCUCAUGGUCACUCGUGUGGUCAACCACAGGCGCUUCUCGGCCACAGUCAGUGUGGCAGACACCUCUCAACGCAGUGUCUCCAAGUAUCGCUGUGUAAUCCGCUCAGAUGGUGGGUCUGGUGUGUCCAACUACGCAGAGCUGAUCGUGAAAGAGCCUCCCACACCCAUUGCCCCCCCAGAACUUCUGGCAGUGGGAGCCACCUACCUGUGGAUUAAGCCAAAUGCCAACUCCAUUAUUGGGGACGGCCCCAUCAUUCUGAAGGAAGUAGAGUACCGCACUACCACAGGCACCUGGGCUGAGACCCACAUCGUGGAUUCCCCCAACUACAAGCUCUGGCAUCUGGACCCUGAUGUGGAGUAUGAGAUCCGAGUGCUGCUCACAAGACCAGGCGAGGGGGGCACAGGGCCGCCAGGGCCUCCCCUUACCACCAGGACCAAGUGUGCCGAUCCUGUGCACGGCCCUCAGAAUGUGGAGAUUGUGGACAUUCGGGCCAGGCAGCUGACGCUGCAGUGGGAACCCUUUGGCUACGCAGUGACCCGCUGCCACAGCUACAACCUCACGGUACAGUACCAGUACGUGUUCAACCAGCAGCAGUAUGAGGCUGAGGAGGUGAUCCAGACUUCUUCCCACUAUACCCUGCGGGGUCUACGACCCUUCAUGACCAUCAGACUACGGCUGCUGCUGUCCAAUCCCGAGGGCCGGAUGGAGAGUGAGGAGUUGGUGGUCCAGACCGAGGAGGAUGUUCCAGGAGCUGUUCCUCUUGAGUCCAUCCAAGGGGGGCCCUUUGAGGAGAAGAUCUACAUCCAGUGGAAACCUCCCAAUGAGACCAAUGGAGUCAUCACACUCUAUGAGAUUAACUACAAGGCUGUUGGCUCACUGGAUCCAAGCGCUGACCUGUCCAGCCAGAGGGGGAAAGUGUUCAAACUCCGGAAUGAAACUCACCACCUCUUUGUGGGUCUGUACCCAGGGACCACCUACUCCUUCACCAUCAAGGCCAGCACAGCCAAGGGCUUCGGACCCCCUGUCACCGCUCGGAUUGCCACCAAGAUCUCAGCUCCAUCGAUGCCUGAAUACGAUGCAGAUACACCACUUAAUGAAACGGACACGACCAUCACAGUGAUGCUUAAACCUGCCCAGUCACGGGGAGCCCCAGUCAGUGUUUACCAACUGGUUGUCAAGGAGGAGCGACUUCAGAAGUCCCGGAGAGCAGCUGACAUCAUCGAGUGUUUCUCUGUACCUGUGAGCUACCGGAAUGCCUCCAACCUCGAUUCUCUACACUACUUUGCUGCAGAGUUGAAGCCCUCCAACCUGCCUGUCACCCAGCCAUUUACAGUGGGAGACAACAAGACAUACAAUGGCUACUGGAACCCUCCCCUCUCCCCAUUGAAGAGCUACAGCAUCUACUUCCAGGCACUCAGCAAAGCAAAUGGAGAGACAAAAAUCAACUGUGUGCGGUUGGCUACGAAAGCACCAAUGGGCAGCGCCCAGGUGACCCCGGGGACUCCACUCUGCCUCCUCACCACAGGUGCCUCCACCCAGAACUCUAACACUGUGGAGCCAGAGAAGCAGGUGGACAACACGGUGAAGAUGGCAGGUGUGAUCGCUGGCCUCCUCAUGUUCAUCAUCAUUCUCCUGGGUGUGAUGCUGACUAUCAAAAGGAGAAGAAAUGCUUAUUCCUACUCCUAUUACUUGUCCCAAAGGAAGCUGGCUAAGAAGCAGAAGGAGACACAGACUGGAGCCCAGAGGGAGAUGGGCCCCGUGGCCUCAGCUGACAAGCCCACCACCAAGCUCAGCGCCAACCGCAAUGAUGAAGGCUUCUCCUCCAGUUCUCAGGAUGUUAAUGGAUUCACAGAUGGCAGUCGUGGGGAGCUGUCCCAGCCCACCCUCACCAUUCAGACUCACCCCUACCGGACCUGUGACCCUGUAGAGAUGAGCUACCCCCGGGACCAGUUCCAGCCGGCCAUCCGAGUGGCAGACCUGCUUCAGCACAUCACCCAGAUGAAGCGAGGCCAGGGCUACGGGUUCAAGGAGGAAUACGAGGCCUUACCAGAGGGACAGACAGCUUCGUGGGACACAGCCAAGGAAGAUGAAAACCGCAAUAAGAAUCGAUAUGGGAACAUCAUUUCCUAUGACCACUCCCGGGUGAGGCUGUUGGUGCUGGAUGGAGACCCCCACUCUGACUACAUCAAUGCCAACUACAUUGAUGGGUACCACCGACCCCGACACUACAUUGCAACCCAAGGUCCAAUGCAAGAGACUGUGAAGGACUUCUGGAGAAUGAUCUGGCAGGAAAACUCUGCCAGCAUCGUCAUGGUCACAAACCUUGUGGAAGUGGGCAGGCACCCAGCGGAACACACUGUGGGAAAUGCCACGCUAGGCCGUGCGUCGUCCCCCGGAAUGGUAAAGUGUGUGCGAUACUGGCCAGAUGACACAGAGGUCUAUGGAGACAUUAAAGUCACCCUCAUUGAAACAGAGCCCCUGGCAGAAUAUGUCAUCCGCACUUUCACAGUCCAGAAGAAAGGCUACCACGAGAUCCGGGAGCUCCGCCUCUUCCACUUCACCAGCUGGCCUGACCAUGGUGUUCCCUGCUAUGCCACUGGCCUUCUGGGCUUCGUCCGCCAGGUCAAGUUCCUCAAUCCCCCAGAAGCCGGGCCCAUAGUGGUCCAUUGCAGUGCUGGAGCCGGGAGGACUGGCUGCUUCAUUGCCAUUGACACCAUGCUCGACAUGGCUGAGAAUGAAGGGGUGGUGGACAUCUUCAACUGUGUGCGUGAGCUCCGGGCACAGAGGGUCAACCUGGUGCAGACUGAGGAGCAGUAUGUGUUUGUGCAUGAUGCCAUCCUAGAAGCAUGCCUCUGCGGCAACACCGCCAUCCCUGUGUGUGAGUUCCGCUCUCUCUACUACAACAUCAGCAGGCUGGAUCCCCAGACUAACUCCAGCCAGAUCAAAGAUGAGUUUCAGACACUCAACAUCGUGACACCUCGAGUGAGGCCUGAGGACUGCAGCAUCGGGCUCUUACCCCGGAACCAUGAUAAGAAUCGGAGCAUGGAUGUCCUGCCUCUUGACCGCUGUCUACCUUUCCUCAUCUCAGUAGAUGGAGAAUCCAGCAAUUACAUCAACGCAGCAUUGAUGGAUAGCCACAAGCAGCCUGCCGCCUUUGUGGUCACCCAGCACCCUCUACCCAACACGGUGGCAGAUUUCUGGAGGCUGGUGUUCGAUUAUAAUUGUUCCUCUGUGGUGAUGCUGAAUGAGAUGGACUCUGCUCAGCUCUGUAUGCAGUACUGGCCUGAGAAGACUUCUGGGUGUUAUGGUCCCAUCCAGGUGGAGUUUGUCUCUGCAGACAUUGAUGAGGACAUCAUCCACAGAAUCUUCCGUAUCUGUAACAUGGCUCGGCCACAGGAUGGUUAUCGUAUUGUCCAGCACCUCCAGUACAUUGGCUGGCCUGCAUACCGGGACAUACCCCCUUCCAAGCGCUCUCUGCUCAAAGUGGUCCGACGGCUGGAGAAGUGGCAGGAGCAGUAUGAUGGGAGAGAGGGACGCACCGUGGUCCACUGCCUAAAUGGAGGAGGCCGCAGUGGAACCUUCUGUGCUAUCUGCAGUGUGUGUGAGAUGAUCCAGCAACAGAACAUCAUAGACGUGUUCCACAUUGUGAAAACACUACGCAACAACAAAUCCAACAUGGUGGAGACACUGGAACAGUAUAAAUUUGUAUAUGAGGUGGCACUGGAAUAUUUAAGCUCCUUUUAGCCCAGUUGGAUGGAGAACCUGCCAGAGUCCAGAGGCUGAUGGAGCUGACCCUCUUUUUCUAUGACUGACAAUGACUGGUCUCAGGAGCUCAGAGGUGGCACACCUGCCCAGCUCCAAGAAGAAGACUGGUGGUCUCAUGUUCAGCAGUGGGCUCUGCAGCUUCUGGCAGGUCUUCUGUAGCUGUGGGAGAUGCUGCUCUGAUGGGGCCCGAGCUUCCCUGCUACACCUGACAACAUCGGACCCACAGAAGUUUAUCCACAAGCAAGGCCCUGGACUUCUGAUCCCCAGACCUCUUGCUUUUGUUCUUUCUGAGUUUGUUAAUCUCAUGGCAAGCUGACUGUGCAGGUGCUGGGGUGUGGGGAACUAGCCAGUCCUUCCCUUGCUGUCCUUAGGAGUACUGGGGUUUCAUCAUGCUAUCUUUCAAAAGAUUGUAGUUUGGAGGAUCACUGGGUUAUUGGUUUCUACAAUCUCCUACAGGGGCCUCUGGCAUGAGACACCUGCCAGUCUGGAUCAGUGUAACUUCUGGAUACCCCCUAGACCACAGCAGGGGUCCUCUUCAUCUCACACCUAACUUGUGCUGGGCUUGACUCAUAACUCCCAUCUCCAGCCAGGACUUGACAUUCUGUAUUAUCCUGACCAACCAACUGUAUCCACAUCA